ACUUAGCAGCUAUAAGUGGAAUAAUUAACCUAAAAGUAAACAAUUUCAGACACGUGAAAAGGCAUUCCAAGUGGUCUCUAAAAUCUAGUAAUAUAUGAAAAUAUAAAUGGAAAAUCGUCAAAUUGUGCUGCUCACCUCGUUAAAAUGUAUAUUGUUGGCCUAAUGUCAUGUCUCUAAAGGUGCAACAGCUUUCUGAACACAAUUGUCUUGUAAAUGCAACUCUGUUGUGACUGGUAAUCUGGCUAUCGAUGAGUGGCUAUCACCAAAGCCUAUCGCAUGUUCUUUCUUUUUGCCACUCGUGUUUAUUAGUUAAUGCACUUGCUUAAUCUUGUCACUGGAGAAGUGUAUUGCGCAACGAGUACGCUCGCUGGAUGAACGUCGACGCCUAACGGAACAAAGCGCUUACCCUCCCGAUAAGAGAAAGAUCCGAGUAUCACCGGCGAGAGCACGAUUCUUAAGACUAUGAAGCCUUUAAUAGGGGAAGUCAAGCCGCAGCUAAUGGCAGCUAAUGAAAAGAAGCCAUCGGAGAAAACUGAGAACAAGCCAUCGAACAUUUCCAAAAUAAAAAAGAAAUCCGAGGAGAAUGAGAAUGGCAAACGGAGCGAGGAACCAAAGGACUUCAGCUGGGACGAAGAGGAGUCGGAGCCCAGUUCGGUGAACGAGGAAGCCCCACCACAAGCCACUGUUGGCGCGACCGGAAAGCUGAUGACCGGCGAGGUCAAUCGUUUGACCAUUCGCAAGAAGAACUUGUACGCCUCUGAUUCGAGGGACCCCCUCGAGGCAAUGGAAUGCAGCACCGACGAGUCGAGCGGCUCUGGCAGCGGCAGCCUCAUCGGCCGUUGCCCAUAUCGCACCGUUCGUGCCAAAGGAGUAGCUCCGACUACGGCUACGUCACAGUCCAAGCCAGGCAUUACCAUUUCGGGUCGCGGUAGCGUCGUGGGCAUAACUGGCAAGAUCCCAGUCUCAAGUCCAAAGCCAAGCAGUCAAGGCUUAGUUUCAAUCUUAAAACCAUUCGCCAAGGCAACUCCUGCCUCUACAUCCAGCUCUAUGACGGCGUCCAACCUGGUUGUGCCCUCCACGCCUACAGUCUCAAGCAGCAGCCAGGUGACUGCCAGUCCAUUGGCGAGCACGGUCGGAGCUGAAGUGGGAACCACCACAACUAGCUCUGUCGUGACCGUAAACUCCAGAGGCGAGACAGAAAUGCAGACAGAGUGCCUGGACAUAUUCACUGAUCAGCACUUUUUAGAGAUUGUACGCCCACAGAUGGCGGAAAUGAAUCCCCGCCAGAAGUUAAACUUCAUGAAAAAGGUAUUCCAUUCCUUAAUGGAAACCUUUGAUGACGCCACUGACUUCCCAAAGGCUGAGGAGCUGCAGCACUUCAACAUUAAUACACCUUCUGGCUUUGAGCACGUCUCGGGUGGUGAGAUGCUCCUGGUGCGAGAGCUAGUGAGUCUGGUUUGUUCCGCCAAGCGCUCGGACGCAAUCUCAAAGCCCACUCCUCUGCCUGUCGUCACGGACACUCUGCGCCCAGUGGCUCGAGCCAAAACCCCAGCUCCUGUGCCAGUUGCACAACCGUGCUACCCCAUUCAGCGCGCCACCACACAGUGCAAAGGAGUAAACCUGGUCGCGUCUCCGAAGGAGAAGGAGAUCGGGCGCAACGCCAAGCCGAGCGGCGCGGUCACGAUCGUCAGUCUCGGUGUUAAUAGCCCCACGGAGGAGCUGGGCAAGAAGAGCGCCAGCAACUGUUCGGGGGCCAGCGUCAGUCGUGUUUCCCCGGCUCCUAUGGGUAGAUCCAGGAAAGGCUCAGCCGUAGUCAUACCCGCCACACGCACAGGGGUCGCCUCCCCGAUGAACACCCCAUUCGGCUCGACCCCAGCACAGGUGUUGCUCACUAAGUCCGGACCCCUCAAGGUAAGCACAAAGCCCGUCUGCGAGCCCAUGUUGACUUUAGGCCCGAAACCCGGCAACACAAACAUGACGAAUCUCAUGGAUGACGUCAAGCGUCGCCUGAGCCCCGACCCGGGCAUGGUCCCGGACUACCAGCGGCCCCGCAACUCCAGGACCGUCGCACCUGUCCCCGGAUCUAUAGCUGGCCAAGCAGCAGCUGCCGCUGCCCCACACGACAGUAAGAUGAGGAAGUCGACAGGUAGCGUAUCCGCCAGCCAGGAGCAGCCCCCGCCGCCCGGCUUGGCUCUCAAAGGCCUCCUGCAGCCCAAGCCGGCCACCGGUUCCCCCCUUUCAGGUGGGCCCGGCCUUUCCCUGAAACGGAGCCUUCCGUUGGCCAACGCCCAAAAAAGCAUGGCUGAUGUGGUAGCCGAUCCGCAAGAGCAGGAAAUGCGUCGAACCCAAGGUUCAGAAGAGUAUAUGGAGACCGCUGGUACCAUCGCAGCCGAUGACUUCUCGGGCUUGCUGAAGGAAGAUUUUGACGAAAUUUUGGGCAUGUAAGGGAAUCCGAGAGUCCGCAUAA